CUCUCUUCACACUCCUUUCCAUCACCCGCAUACAAGGCGGCAACGUCAACUUUUAGCAUAGCGGGAUUGACACGGCAGCAGUGCAGACUGCAAGCAGCGACACCGCACCGCGCCCACCGCCCCACCCACCACCACCACCAUGCCGCUCAUGCGCUACGCGUCCGCCAUCGUCAUCCGCUGCUUUCGCAAAGUCGAGAAGUGCGCCGACGCCGUGACGGGCGCCGCUGGCCCAGUGUUCGUCGCGCUGGCAUGGAUACUGACAAUAUUCUGCGGACUGGCAUUCUUCGACGUCGUAGCCCGCAACUUGUCAUUCUGGCCGACCCUCCUCCUCCUCCCAGUAUACAUCUUCGUCCCGCUCAACCUGUACGGGCAGUACUGGCUCGUCACGCACGUCACGAGCGGAUUCCCGACCGCGCGUACAGAGCGCGACCAGCCGCCAUCGUACGCGCCCGACUCGCUGCUCGCGCCAGAGCGAUACGGAUGGACGAGGGACGGCCCGCCCCCUCUCCCCGCCGCCACUGCCCUCGAGCGCGUGCGCGUACGCCGGUGUCGUAAAUGCGACGGCCCGAAGCCUGCGCGGACACACCACUGCUCGGUCUGCAAGCGCUGCGUCCUGCUCAUGGACCAUCACUGCCCGUGGAUCAACGCCUGUGUGGGGCUGCAUAACCAGCGGUACUUCAUUCUCUUCAUGUUCUGGAUCACUAUGGGCUGCUGGACAGUCCUGCUCGUAGGGUUCCAGCGCUUCUGGGAGUCGUUCGACUUCAUGAACGAGUGGGACGCGUACACGCCCAAGAUCGGCUUCACGCUCGCGUACAUCCUGUCUCUUGCGAUCGGCCUUGCGGUGCCCAUCCUGGGCGGGUGGCACGUCGUGAUGGUAUCGCACGGCGAGACGUCGAUCGAGACACACGACAAUGACUACUUGUCGCGCAAAGCCAAGUCGGAGGGUCUGGUCUACCUCAACCCGUACGACCUCGGCCGGCGGCGCAACAUGCAGAACUUUUUCAACGUCGGCCCGGGCGGAUAUCCAUACAAAACCCUCCUGUUUCCCCUCGUCGUACCGCCAUACUCGAACGGCUGGGAGUGGCCGCACCGGCCAUUGCCGGUCGACGCGAGCCCCGCCGAGCCGGGCACCAAGCUGCACACGCCCGAGCUUGCCGAGGGGCUGUUCGCGCGGACAUCCAACGAGCUCGGGGUAGGGGACGGGCCGGGCGGCAAAUACGUCAUGGGCGGGCAGGACGAGCUGACAGACGACGAGGACGGCGGCGGCGGGUGGUGGGACCGCCCACUGCAGUAGCAUAGACCUUACAUGUAUCCUAGAGCUGUGCGAGGGG